AUUUUCGGCACGUGUCGGGUGUGCACACACUCUGCUGCAAAAAGGUAAACACAACGCAAUAAACGGAAUUUUUAUUUACGCACUCAAACGAAAUAAGCAAUUAAAUCGAAACGAAUUGGCGGCAAAUCAAGUGUGUUUUAAUAGUUAAGCAAAUGUUGAAUGAUUUCAUGCAGGAUUCAUAUAUAUUUCUGGCUAAUUGAGCAACUGCGUGUCAAGUGUAAAUUACUAGUGGGCGGGGGUGGCGGCGGUGCAGAGCAUUAACCAACCAAAAAGAAAUAAAAAGAAGUGUGAGGUGGAGGAGGAGGAGACAAGAGCAGGUCAAAGCAAACGAAACGCAUGUCAAGCGCGACAACCUGCCCAAAAGCCGAUUUCUGAUGACGUGGGCUGCAAAACGAAGGACAGCAAGCAGUCAAACGACGACGACAGGAUAUACACAUAUUUUCCAGUGCACACACACGCACACAAAAACACACACACACAGGAGUAUGCAACGCAGCAAACCAGUUGUUGUUGCCAAUAAGUGCAUAAAGUGAGCGAAAAUCCUGCUUCCAGAAUAACUGCACAGCAGAAGAGGAAGAGGAGAGAAGCAAGAACAGAAGCAUGGAAUAAAGGUGCAUAUCUGGAGAGGAGCUAAGAAAAGUUAAGAAUAAGUGCAUACCAGGAGGAGAAGGUAAGGCAUAACUGCACACAAGAAGAGAGCAGAGAGAGAGAGAGAGAGAAAGAGAGAGACAAGGAGUGCAAACACCUGAAGAAGAGCGAAGAGAGGCCAGGAAUAAAGUGCACAAUCACACACACACUUACGGAAAAGGAGCAAACACAGGCAAACACUAAGAAAAAAGCACAAAAAAAAACCCGAGAGAAAAAGUACAAGAAAAAGGGCCCACGGACGCGACGACACAAGGUGGAAAAGUAAAAAAGUUGUUUGUCAACUUGUUGGUCGCUCAAAUGUGGCAGCCACAAAGAGUGGCUGCUGGCUGGCUGUACAGCUACCAAGUGGAAUCCCAAUCCGAUACCGAAACCGUCGCCGAUUCCCGAUCCUCGAGUCAUUUCAAAGGCAGCAACGCCUGCGGCUAGAUCGAAACAGGCAACAGGCUUACUCGCACUCGCUCCGCUCCCCCUUUGGCAACACCCACGCGCAGCAACAGCUCCCGACCACCCCCUCGGCCGCACCAUGUCAACGGUCACGCGGAGUGCCAGCGCCAGCCCCAUGGCUCUCAAUGGCAUCAUCGACGCCAGUCUCUUUCCGCUGAGGUCCACCGCGGACGUAGUGAAUUUGUUCCGUCGCUCCCUUACCACCGGUAUUGAGCCCGAUCUGACCCUGCUCUCCAUCGUGGUGGGGUAUAUCGAGCUCUCGCUGACCACGGGAGAGGCGGCGUCUCAGGCGGCUGCCGCAGCCGCUGCCGCCGCCGCUGCUGCAGCAGCUGACAUGACGCAGACAGCGACAGGCGGUAGCGACGUGAUCAUGGGCAACAGCGUUCCCUUCCCGGUGGUGACCCACGAGCUGAUUGCGGGCCUGUACAAGAAGUUCCAGACAAUCCUAUCGGUGGUGGAGAAGCCAAAGCCACACCGCCAGGCCACGCGCGAGAUCAUCAAGAAGGUGUCGGACGUUAUAUGGAACUCGCUGAUCCGCAGCAGCUACAAGGAUCGGGCCCACUUGCAGAACCUCUACAGCUAUCUGUCGGGCAACAAGCUGGACUGUUUCGGUGUGGCCCUGGCCGUGGUAGCCGGCUGUCAACUGUUGGGUUAUAAGGAUGUGCGUUUGGCCAUCUCCGAGGACCAUGCCUGGGUGGUGUUUGGGCAGAAACGGGUGGAGACCAUCGAGGUGACGUGGCACGGCAAGGGCAGCGAGGACAAGCGGGGCCAGGAUAUACGCCCUGGGAUCGAGUCGGGCUCUUGGCUCUAUCUCGGUGGCCUGGCGGUGGUCUGCGAGCGUGGCAUGGAGGUGGCGGCCAUUUGUGCCGCUCUCAAUAUCUCUCUGACAGCCAACAGCGAUUGCGUGGAAGUGGCCGAUCUGCAGCAGCAAUUGCUGUGGCUCCUCUACGACCUGGGACAUCUCAAGCGGUACCCCAUGGCCUUGGGUACACUCGGCGAACUGGAGGAGAUCCAUCGGACGCAUGGCAGCAUCACCUGCGAGCAGCUUUACCGCGAGGCUAUCGACUCGGCGCGGACGCACUACCGCAACCACCAUGUCUAUCCGUACACGUAUCAGGGCAACUACUACAACCGUCUGCUCAAGUAUCGCGACGCCUUCGCCGCCUGGGCCAAUGCCGCCGACGUGAUCCGCCUGUACACGUAUCAGUGCCGCGACGACGAAGAGAUCUACAAGGAGCUGCUGGACAUAGCCAACGAGCUUAUCCCCUAUGUAAUGAAAACGGAGAGCUCAGGCCAUUCGGCACGCAGCAUUUUGCGGGAUGCUGAGGUCUUUGCCAAUCUGCUGCGCUUCUACGACGGCAUCUGCCAGUGGGAGGAGGACAGCCUGACUCCAAUUCUGCACAUUGGCUGGGCCAAGCCACUGGUCAAUAAUAUAACCAAAUUUGAUUACGAUAUACGCUCUCAGGUGGUCAUCAAGAUGCCCGAGGAUCUGGAGGCUGAGCAGGCACAAGCGGCCGCAUUGGAGGCUAAGGAAGCGGCGGCAGCCGCGGCAGCAGCAGCGGCUGCGGCAAUGGUGGCGGCCGGAGCAGAGGCUCUAGAAGGAAAUAACAACACCUUGAUAAAGAAGGACGAGAAGACAAAAUCUUCAGAGCUGCCGACGACAUUGGCUGAUCUGACCGCCGCCUGUGGCGAGAAGAUACUCAAUCCGGACUUUCUGCUUCAGGGCGGGGGUCAGCCUUUUGCCGAGCAAAAGCAGCAGACAUCAUUGGGGGACACGGAGAACACAGAGCCCCAUAACAACAACAACAAUAGCAAUAGCAAUAACAACAAUCACCAUAAUGCUGAGAAGGAGGCUACAAAAACUACAACUGCAGCAACAACAACAACCACAGCAUCAGUAACCACUAGCAAUGGAGGCAGUACAAGCAGCAGCAGCAGUCACUGCCACUCCGUUGCCAUCCAGUUACCAGUUACUAGUGAGGCAAGCCAUCAUGCUGGCCAAACCCAAACCCAAAUCCAAAUCCAAAUUCAACAACCACAGCACAAAGAAGCUAAGCCAGAGCCAGAGGCGACUGCACCCGAUGACUAUGAUCCCUUUGAGAUAAUGCUUAAACGUCCGGUGAUUGCGCUGUACAGCCAAAAGAUGAAGGGCCUCAAGGAUCUGCUGCUGGCCGAGAAGCUCAAUACGCACGCCAUAUCGCUGCAGGUCACGGCCCAGUCGGUGGCCUCGCGGAAGGUGCGGGGCGUGGCCGAGAAGCAGUCGGCGGCGACCAUAUCUGCCACCAUCACGGUUGCAUCAUCAUCGUCGUCCACAGAGGGUGGUGUCGGGGGUGGAUCUGGAGGCAGUGGAUCUGCAGGAGGGGCCUCUCUCGGGGCCUCAUCGCCAGGCGGGGAUUCAAUAGCCGCCUCGCGGCCGAAGAGAACGCGUCGCGAAUAAACUUUGUUGUCCUGUAUCUAUGUAAUGCAGAAAAAACCUUUAUUAUCCAUAUUCGAGUAUAUACAUAGCAUACAUAUGUACAUAGGAUGUAUGCCUGUAUGUCAUAUUUUUGAUGUUCGAUGUGUAUUUAUGUAGUUCGUAAGCGCAAAAGAAAUCCGUUAGAGAACGCCUAGCGUUUUAAAAGCAAUAUAAAAAAAAACUAAAAAACUUAAAGGCAACAAACAAAAUUGUAAAAGGAUUAAACCCUAUAGACCGAUCCAGACAGAUCCAUUAACAGACGAUCCACACACAGACACACACAAAAUGAAGGAAGCACUUGAAACGAUAUAAGCUAUGCUAAGUAUUUAUAAUGUAUUUUUAGCUGUUAUACUUGUACUCUUUGUAUUUAUUGCUAUCUAUCUCUCGUAUCCCCCACUUCCUGCAGAUUUGUAUGUUUUAUUGAUUGUUUAAGCGUAACUUUAUUGGUGCUCUACUUUGAAAACGAGAAACAGAAAACAGAAACAAUAUAUAUUUAUGUAUUUACUUGAAUGCAUUUUAUUGAGGCUAAGCUGUUUGAUUUUCCACUCUACAAAUGUACUAUGUAUAUCCCUCGCACCCACGCCCUGUACUGUACUAUAUAAGGAUGGAACAUACACAUAUAAGUUUUUUUUUUUUUGUUCAAAACUUUGUUACACACAAGAAACAGAAAGAUGACCGGAAUAGAAAAACGAAAGAAAUAAUACAUAUUUAACACUUCCUCUCUAUAUGUGAUACAACACUUUUUCUAGAAAAGCUUUCAUAUUAUAUCUUAUAAACCUACUACUACAUAGAAUAUACCUAAAUCACACUCCCCCACCCCACUUGAAACAGAGACAGACACACACACAUCAGUUCUGCUGUCCAGGCGCACUUGUUUUAGGGAUAUACUCAUAUCCCAUCUAUAGAUAUAUAAUAUCCCUGUACUUCUUCAGCCUCCCCCCCCAACCACCAAACCCCUCACCACACCCUCCCAAUUAGCAAACGCAAUUAUGAAGCAUGUCAAAAUGUAAUUCACAAAUUGGAGCUUGUAACAAAUUGUUAAAUGAUGAUAAUAAUUGCAUUCAAUUCGAUUUUGAUUUGAUUUGUGCGUAGAGCAUCUGUGAUGAAUAAUAAUGUUUAGAGACAGCGUGAGAGAGAGAGAAAGAGAGAAAAGUGAGAGAUGGCCAGCCCGAACACACAAAAACUGAACAACAAUAUAACUAAUCAAUGUAUGGUGUUUUAUUCCUCAUAUACGAGUAUAUUGUACAACAAACAACACAUUACACAAAAUCAAAAAAAAAAAA